AUGGGCUUCACCAAGGAAACCGCCUCCAUUGGCAUCAUCGGCAUGGGGGAUAUGGGCAAGAUGUACGCCCAGCGGUUGAGUGCUGCAGGAUGGAGGAUAAAUGCCUGUGACAAACCCGAUAGUUUUAAUAAUUUGAAGCAAGAAUUUGAAGCACAAAGUGGUGUAACAAUAUAUCCGAAUGGCCACCUUGUUUCCAGAAUUAGCGAUUUUAUUCUUUACAGCGUAGAGGCCGGCGUUAUCGACAGGGUAGUCGCUGAGUAUGGCCCGUCCACCAAGGUCGGCGCUAUUGUUGGCGGCCAAACCUCUUGCAAGGCCCCCGAACUGGCCGCAUUCGAUAAACACCUUCCCCAGGAUGUAGAGAUCCUAUCAUGCCAUUCCCUGCACGGUCCGCAGGUCAACCCGAAAGGCCAGCCGCUGGUCCUCAUCCAACACCGUGCAAGCGACGCCAGUCUCAAAUUCGUCGAAGAAGUCCUGUCAUGCUUCGACUCGAAGUACGUCUACCUCAGCGGCGAAAUGCACGACCGCAUCACAGCAGACACGCAGGCCGUCACACACGCCGCAUUCCUAAGCAUGGGUACGGCAUGGCAAGCAAAUGCGCAAUUUCCCUGGGAGAUCUCGCGCUGGGUCGGCGGGAUCGAGAACGUCAAGAUCAACAUCACCCUACGCAUCUACUCGAACAAAUGGCACGUUUAUGCGGGGCUUGCGAUCCUCAACCCCGCCGCGAAGAAGCAGAUCCGGCAGUAUGCAAAGUCUGUGACUGAGCUAUACAAGUUGAUGAUUGAGGGGAAGCGCGAUGAGCUCAAGGAAAGGGUUAGAGCGGCCGGUGCGGCGGUGUUCAAGGAGGGAACGCAGAAACAGGACCUCCUGCUCAGAGACGAGGUUCUUGAUCGGUUUUCGUUAUCCAAGGGGACGCGAGAGACUUCGCCGCCGAAUAAUCAUCUCAGCUUGCUUGCGAUUGUUGAUUGUUGGUCAAAACUUGGUAUUGUGCCGUAUGACCAUAUGAUUUGCUCGACCCCGCUCUUCCGCCUCUGGCUUGGAGUAACAGAAUAUCUAUUCCGCAACCCAGAUAUUCUCGACGAGGCCAUAGACACAGCGAUUGAUGAUAAGACAUUCCGAUCCGACGACCUUGAAUUCACAUUUGCGGCUCGGGCGUGGUCUGACUGCGUUUCCUUUGGCGAUUUCGAAUCGUACCGUGACCGGUUUGAGAGAAUCCAGCAGUACUUUGCGCCGCGGUUCCCGGAUGCCGUUAGCCUUGGGAACGAGAUGAUGAAGACGAUCCUUGAAAAGACAAGUAAAGAGAAUUAG